AUGGAAACUCCGUCCUUUCCGACGGCUGAUCAGGUUGGUUUCAUAUCGGAAUAAAAACUAAAACUAUUUUUUCAGCACAAUAUUUUCAAGCCCCUCCGAACUGCGACAACGCGUUUCUUCAUCGUCUGCCGCCACGGCUUUCUGCGUCUAGGAAGAUGGGCGUCCGUCCUUUCCGACGGCUGAUCAGGUUGGUUUCAUAUCGGAAUAAAAACUAAAACUAUUUUUUCAGCACAAUAUUUUCAACCCCCUUCAAACUGCGACCACACGCUCCUCCACCGUCUAGCCCUACGGCUUCCUGCGUCUAGGAAGAUGGGCGUCCCGUCCUUUCCGACGGCUGAUCAGGUGGGUUUCAUAUUGGAAUAAGAACUAAAACUAUUUUUUUCAGCACAAUAUUUUCAAGCCCCUCCGAACUGCGACAACGCGUUUCUUCAUCGUCUGCCGCCACGGCUUUCUGCGUCUAGGAAGAUGGGCGUCCGUCCUUUCCGACGGCUGAUCAGGUUGGGUUUCAUAUUGGAAUAAAGAACUAUAAACUAUUUUUUUCAGCACAAUAUUUUCAACCCCCUUCAAACUGCGACCACACGCUCCUCCACCGUCUAGCCUACGGCUUUCCUGCGUCUAGGAAGAUGGGCAUCCCGUCCUUUCCGACGGCUGAUCAGGUUGGUUUCAUAUCGGAAUAAAAAAACUAAAACUAUUUUUUUCAGCACAAUAUUUUUCAAGCCCCUCCGAAGUGCGACAACGCGCUCCAUCACCGUCUAGCCCCACGGCUUCCUGCGUCUAGGAAGAUGGAGCGUCCGUCCUUUCCGACGGCUGAUCAGGUUGGGUUUCAUAUCGGAAUAAAAAAACUAAAACUAUUUUUUUCAGCACAAUAUUUUCAAGCCCCUCCGAAGUGCGACAACGCGCUCCAUCACCGUCUAGCCCCACGGCUUCCUGCGUCUAGGAAGAUGAAACGUCCGUCCUUUCCGACGGCUGAUCAGGUUGGGUUUCAUAUCGGAAUAAAAAAACUAAAAACUAUUUUUUUCAGCACAAUAUUUUCAAGCCCCUCCGAACUGCGACAACGCGUUUCUUCAUCGUCUGCCGCCACGGCUUUCUGCGUCUAGGAAGAUGGGCGUCCGUCCUUUCCGACGGCUGAUCAGGUUGGUUUCAUAUCGGAAUAGAAAACUAAAACUAUUUUUUUCAGCACAAUAUUUUUCAACCCCCUUCAAACUGCGACCACACGCUCCUCCACCGUCUAGCCUACGGCUUCCUGCGUCUAGGAAGAUGGGCAUCCCGUCCUUUCCGACGGCUGAUCAGGUGGGUUUCAUAUUGGAAUAAGAACUAAAACUAUUUUUUUCAGCACAAUAUUUUUCAAGCCCCUCCGAACUGCGACAACGCGUUUCUUCAUCGUCUGCCGCCACGGCUUUCUGCGUCUAGGAAGAUGGGCGUCCGUCCUUUCCGACGGCUGAUCAGGUUGGUUUCAUAUUGGAAUAAGAACUAUAACUAUUUUUUCAGCACAAUAUUUUCAACCCCCUUCAAACUGCGACCACACGCUCCUCCACCGUCUAGCCUACGGCUUCCUGCGUCUAGGAAGAUGGGCACCCGUCCUUUCCGACGGCUGAUCAGGUUGGUUUCAUAUCGGAAUAAAAACUAAAACUAUUUUUUCAGCACAAUAUUUUCAAGCCCCUCCGAAGUGCGACAACGCGCUCCAUCACCGUCUAGCCCCACGGCUUCCUGCGUCUAGGAAGAGGAAACUCCGUCCUUUCCGACGGCUGAUCAGGUUGGUUUCAUAUCGGAAUAAAAACUAAAACUAUUUUUUCAGCACAAUAUUUUCAAGCCCCUCCGAAGUGCGACAACGCGCUCCAUCACCGUCUAGCCCCACGGCUUCCUGCGUCUAGGAAGAUGGGAAACGUCCGUCCUUUCCGACGGCUGAUCAGGUUGGGUUUCAUAUCGGAAUAAAAAAACUAAAACUAUUUUUUUCAGCACAAUAUUUUCAAGCCCCUCCGAAGUGCGACAAAGCGUUUCUUCAUCGUCUGGCCCCACGGCUUCCUGCGUCUAGGAAGAUGGGAAACUCCGUCCUUUCCGACGGCUGAUCAGGUUGGGUUUCAUAUCGGAAUAAAAAAACUAAAACUAUUUUUUUCAGCACAAUAUUUUUCAAGCCCCUCCGAAGUGCGACAACGCGCUCCAUCACCGUCUAGCCCCACGGCUUUCCUGCGUCUAGGAAGAUGGGAAACUCCGUCCUUUCCGACGGCUGAUCAGGUUGGGUUUCAUAUCGGAAUAAAAAAACUAAAACUAUUUUUUUCAGCACAAUAUUUUCAAGCCCCUCCGAAGUGCGACAACGCGCUCCAUCACCGUCUAGCCCCACGGCUUCCUGCGUCUAGGAAGAGGGAAACUCCGUCCUUUCCGACGGCUGAUCAGGUUGGUUUCAUAUCGGAAUAAAAAAACUAAAAACUAUUUUUUUCAGCACAAUAUUUUCAAGCCCCUCCGAAGUGCGACAAAGCGUUUCUUCACCGUCUAGCCCCACGGCUUCCUGCGUCUAGGAAGAGGGAAACUCCGUCCUUUCCGACGGCUGAUCAGGUUGGUUUCAUAUCGGAAUAAAAAAACUAAAAACUAUUUUUUUCAGCACAAUAUUUUUCAACCCCCUUCAAACUGCGACCACACGCUCCUCCACCGUCUAGCCUACGGCUUCCUGCGUCUAGGAAGAUGGGCACCCGUCCUUUCCGACGGCUGAUCAGGUGGGUUUCAUAUUGGAAUAAGAACUAAAAACUAUUUUUUUCAGCACAAUAUUUUCAACCCCCUUAAACUGCGACCACACGCUCCUCCACCGUCUCAGCCUACGGCUUUCUGCGUCUAGGAAGAUGGGCGUCCGUCCUUUCCGACGGCUGAUCAGGUUGGGUUUCAUAUCGGAAUAAAAAAACUAAAAACUAUUUUUUUCAGCACAAUAUUUUCAACCCCCUUCAAACUGCGACCACACGCUCCUCCACCGUCUAGCCUACGGCUUCCUGCGUCUAGGAAGAUGGGCAUCCCGUCCUUUCCGACGGCUGAUCAGGUGGGUUUCAUAUUGGAAUAAAGAACUAAAAACUAUUUUUUUCAGCACAAUAUUUUUCAACCCCCUUCAAACUGCGACCACACGCUCCUCCACCGUCUAGCCUACGGCUUUCUGCGUCUAGGAAGAUGGGCGUCCGUCCUUUCCGACGGCUGAUCAGGUUGGGUUUCAUAUCGGAAUAAAAACUAAAACUAUUUUUUCAGCAAAAUAUUUUCAAGCCCCUCCGAACUGCGACAACGCGUUUCUUCAUCGUCUGCCGCCACGGCAUUCUGCGUCUAGGAAGAUGGGCGUCCGUCCUUUCCGACGGCUGAUCAGGUUGGGUUUCAUAUCGGAAUAAAAACUAAAACUAUUUUUUUCAGCACAAUAUUUUUCAAGCCCCUUCGAAACUGCGACAACGCGCUCCAUCACCGUCUAGCCCCACGGCUUUCUGCGUCUAGGAAGAUGGGCGUCCGUCCUUUCCGACGGCUGAUCAGGUGGGUUCCAUAUUGGAAUAAAAACUAAAACUAUUUUUUCAGCACAAUAUUUUCAAGCCCCUUCGAACUGCGACAACGCGCUCCAUCACCGUCUAGCCCCACGGCUUCCUGCGUCUAGGAAGAGGAAACUCCGUCCUUUCCGACGGCUGAUCAGGUUGGUUUCAUAUUGGAAUAAGAACUAAAACUAUUUUUUCAGCACAAUAUUUUCAACCCCCUUCAAACUGCGACCACACGCUCCUCCACCGUCUAGCCUACGGCUUCCUGCGUCUAGGAAGAUGGGCGUCCGUCCUUUCCGACGGCUGAUCAGGUGGGUUCCAUAUUGGAAUAAAAACUAAAACUAUUUUUUCAGCAAAAUAUUUUCAAGCCCCUCCGAACUGCGACAACGCGUUUCUUCAUCGUCUGCCGCCACGGCUUUCUGCGUCUAGGAAGAUGGGCGUCCGUCCUUUCCGACGGCUGAUCAGGUUGGUUUCAUAUCGGAAUAAAAACUAAAACUAUUUUUUCAGCACAAUAUUUUCAACCCCCUUCAAACUGCGACCACACGCUCCUCCACCGUCUAGCCUACGGCUUCCUGCGUCUAGGAAGAUGGGCACCCGUCCUUUCCGACGGCUGAUCAGGUGGGUUUCAUAUUGGAAUAAGAACUAAAACUAUUUUUUCAGCACAAUAUUUUCAAGCCCCUCCGAACUGCGACAACGCGUUUCUUCAUCGUCUGCCGCCACGGCUUUCUGCGUCUAGGAAGAUGGGCGUCCGUCCUUUCCGACGGCUGAUCAGGUUGGUUUCAUAUUGGAAUAAGAACUAUAACUAUUUUUUCAGCACAAUAUUUUCAACCCCCUUCAAACUGCGACCACACGCUCCUCCACCGUCUAGCCUACGGCUUCCUGCGUCUAGGAAGAUGGGCACCCGUCCUUUCCGACGGCUGAUCAGGUUGGUUUCAUAUCGGAAUAAAAACUAAAACUAUUUUUUCAGCACAAUAUUUUCAAGCCCCUCCGAAGUGCGACAACGCGUUUCUUCAUCGUCUGGCCCCACGGCUUCCUGCGUCUAGGAAGAGGAAACUCCGUCCUUUCCGACGGCUGAUCAGGUUGGUUUCAUAUCGGAAUAAAAACUAAAACUAUUUUUUCAGCACAAUAUUUUCAAGCCCCUUCGAACUGCGACAACGCGCUCCAUCACCGUCUAGCCUACGGCUUCCUGCGUCUAGGAAGAUGGGCACCCGUCCUUUCCGACGGCUGAUCAGGUGGGUUUCAUAUUGGAAUAAGAACUAAAACUAUUUUUUCAGCACAAUAUUUUCAACCCCCUUAAACUGCGACCACACGCUCCUCCACCGUCUAGCCUACGGCUUUCUGCGUCUAGGAAGAUGGGCGUCCGUCCUUUCCGACGGCUGAUCAGGUUGGUUUCAUAUCGGAAUAAAAACUAAAACUAUUUUUUCAGCACAAUAUUUUCAACCCCCUUCAAACUGCGACCACACGCUCCUCCACCGUCUAGCCUACGGCUUCCUGCGUCUAGGAAGAUGGGCACCCGUCCUUUCCGACGGCUGAUCAGGUGGGUUUCAUAUUGGAAUAAGAACUAAAACUAUUUUUUCAGCACAAUAUUUUCAACCCCCUUCAAACUGCGACCACACGCUCCUCCACCGUCUAGCCUACGGCUUUCUGCGUCUAGGAAGAUGGGCGUCCGUCCUUUCCGACGGCUGAUCAGGUUGGUUUCAUAUCGGAAUAAAAACUAAAACUAUUUUUUCAGCAAAAUAUUUUCAAGCCCCUCCGAACUGCGACAACGCGUUUCUUCAUCGUCUGCCGCCACGGCAUUCUGCGUCUAGGAAGAUGGGCGUCCGUCCUUUCCGACGGCUGAUCAGGUUGGUUUCAUAUCGGAAUAAAAAAACUAAAACUAUUUUUUUCAGCACAAUAUUUUCAAGCCCCCUUCGAAACUGCGACAACGCGCUCCAUCACCGUCUAGCCCCACGGCUUUCUGCGUCUAGGAAGAUGGGCGUCCGUCCUUUCCGACGGCUGAUCAGGUGGGUUCCAUAUUGGAAUAAAAAAACUAAAAACUAUUUUUUUCAGCACAAUAUUUUCAAGCCCCUUCGAACUGCGACAACGCGCUCCAUCACCGUCUAGCCCCACGGCUUCCUGCGUCUAGGAAGAUGGGAAACUCCGUCCUUUCCGACGGCUGAUCAGGUUGGGUUUCAUAUUGGAAUAAAGAACUAAAACUAUUUUUUUCAGCACAAUAUUUUCAACCCCUUCAAACUGCGACCACACGCUCCUCCACCGUCUAGCCCUACGGCUUCCUGCGUCUAGGAAGAUGGGCGUCCGUCCUUUCCGACGGCUGAUCAGGUGGGUUCCAUAUUGGAAUAAAAAAACUAAAAACUAUUUUUUUCAGCACAAUAUUUUUCAACCCCCUUCAAACUGCGACCACACGCUCCUCCACCGUCUAGCCUACGGCUUCCUGCGUCUAGGAAGAUGGGCGUCCGUCCUUUCCGACGGCUGAUCAGGUGGGUUCCAUAUUGGAAUAAAAACUAAAACUAUUUUUUCAGCACAAUAUUUUCAACCCCCUUCAAACUGCGACCACACGCUCCUCCACCGUCUAGCCUACGGCUUCCUGCGUCUAGGAAGAUGGGCGUCCGUCCUUUCCGACGGCUGAUCAGGUUGGUUUCAUAUUGGAAUAAGAACUAAAACUAUUUUUUCAGCACAAUAUUUUCAAGCCCCUUCGAACUGCGACAACGCGCUCCAUCACCGUCUAGCCCUACGGCUUUCUGCGUCUAGGAAGAUGGGCGUCCGUCCUUUCCGACGGCUGAUCAGGUGGGUUUCAUAUUGGAAUAAGAACUAAAAACUAUUUUUUUCAGCACAAUAUUUUCAAGCCCCUUCGAACUGCGACAACGCGCUCCAUCACCGUCUAGCCCCACGGCUUCCUGCGUCUAGGAAGAUGGGGAAACUCCGUCCUUUCCGACGGCUGAUCAGGUUGGGUUUCAUAUCGGAAUAAAAAAACUAAAAACUAUUUUUUUCAGCACAAUAUUUUCAAGCCCCCUUCGAAACUGCGACAACGCGCUCCAUCACCGUCUAGCCCCACGGCUUUCUGCGUCUAGGAAGAUGGGCGUCCGUCCUUUCCGACGGCUGAUCAGGUGGGUUUCAUAUUGGAAUAAGAACUAAAACUAUUUUUUCAGCACAAUAUUUUCAAGCCCCUUCGAACUGCGACAACGCGCUCCAUCACCGUCUAGCCCCACGGCUUCCUGCGUCUAGGAAGAGGAAACUCCGUCCUUUCCGACGGCUGAUCAGGUUGGUUUCAUAUCGGAAUAAAAACUAAAACUAUUUUUUCAGCACAAUAUUUUCAAGCCCCUUCGAACUGCGACAACGCGCUCCAUCACCGUCUAGCCCCACGGCUUUCUGCGUCUAGGAAGAUGGGCGUCCGUCCUUUCCGACGGCUGAUCAGGUGGGUUUCAUAUUGGAAUAAGAACUAAAACUAUUUUUUCAGCACAAUAUUUUCAAGCCCCUUCGAACUGCGACAACGCGUUUCUUCAUCGUCUGGCCCCCACGGCUUCCUGCGUCUAGGAAGAGGAAACUCCGUCCUUUCCGACGGCUGAUCAGGUUGGUUUCAUAUCGGAAUAAAAACUAAAACUAUUUUUUCAGCACAAUAUUUUCAAGCCCCUUCGAACUGCGACAACGCGCUCCAUCACCGUCUAGCCUACGGCUUCCUGCGUCUAGGAAGAUGGGCGUCCGUCCUUUCCGACGGCUGAUCAGGUUGGUUUCAUAUCGGAAUAAAAAAACUAAAAACUAUUUUUUUCAGCACAAUAUUUUCAACCCCCUUAAACUGCGACCACAGGCUCCUCCACCGUCUAGCCUCACGGCUUUCUGCGUCUAGGAAGAGGGAAACUCCGUCCUUUCCGACGGCUGAUCAGGUUGGUUUCAUAUCGGAAUAAAAAAACUAAAACUAUUUUUUUCAGCACAAUAUUUUCAAGCCCCUUCGAACUGCGACAACGCGCUCCAUCACCGUCUAGCCCCACGGCUUCCUGCGUCUAGGAAGAGGAAACUCCGUCCUUUCCGACGGCUGAUCAGGUUGGUUUCAUAUCGGAAUAAAAACUAAAACUAUUUUUUCAGCACAAUAUUUUCAAGCCCCUUCGAACUGCGACAACGCGCUCCAUCACCGUCUAGCCCCACGGCUUCCUGCGUCUAGGAAGAGGGAAACUCCGUCCUUUCCGACGGCUGAUCAGGUUGGUUUCAUAUCGGAAUAAAAAAACUAAAAACUAUUUUUUUCAGCACAAUAUUUUCAACCCCCUUCAAACUGCGACCACACGCUCCUCCACCGUCUGGCCUACGGCUUCCUGCGUCUAGGAAGAUGGGCACCCGUCCUUUCCGACGGCUGAUCAGGUGGGUUUCAUAUUGGAAUAAGAACUAAAAACUAUUUUUUUUCAGCACAAUAUUUUCAACCCCCUUCAAACUGCGACCACACGCUCCUCCACCGUCUAGCCUACGGCUUCCUGCGUCUAGGAAGAUGGGCACCCGUCCUUUCCGACGGCUGAUCAGGUUGGUUUCAUAUCGGAAUAAAAAAACUAAAAACUAUUUUUUUCAGCACAAUAUUUUCAACCCCCUUAAACUGCGACCACACGCUCCUCCACCGUCUAGCCUACGGCUUUCUGCGUCUAGGAAGAUGGGAAACUCCGUCCUUUCCGACGGCUGAUCAGGUUGGUUUCAUAUCGGAAUAAAAACUAAAACUAUUUUUUCAGCACAAUAUUUUCAAGCCCCUUCGAACUGCGACAACGCGCUCCAUCACCGUCUAGCCCCACGGCUUCCUGCGUCUAGGAAGAGGAAACUCCGUCCUUUCCGACGGCUGAUCAGGUUGGGUUUCAUAUCGGAAUAAAAACUAAAACUAUUUUUUCAGCACAAUAUUUUCAACCCCCUUCAAACUGCGACCACACGCUCCUCCACCGUCUGGCCUACGGCUUCCUGCGUCUAGGAAGAUGGGCGUCCGUCCUUUCCGACGGCUGAUCAGGUGGGUUUCAUAUCGGAAUAAAAACUAAAACUAUUUUUUCAGCACAAUAUUUUCAAGCCCCUUCGAACUGCGACAACGCGCUCCAUCACCGUCUAGCCCCACGGCUUCCUGCGUCUAGGAAGAGGAAACUCCGUCCUUUCCGACGGCUGAUCAGGUGGGUUUCAUAUUGGAAUAAAAACUAAAACUAUUUUUUCAGCACAAUAUUUUCAAGCCCCUUCGAACUGCGACAACGCGCUCCAUCACCGUCUAGCCCCACGGCUUUCUGCGUCUAGGAAGAGGAAACUCCGUCCUUUCCGACGGCUGAUCAGGUGGGUUUCAUAUUGGAAUAAAAAAACUAAAAACUAUUUUUUUCAGCACAAUAUUUUCAAGCCCCCUUCGAACUGCGACAACGCGCUCCAUCACCGUCUAGCCCCACGGCUUUCUGCGUCUAGGAAGAGGGAAACUCCGUCCUUUCCGACGGCUGAUCAGGUGGGUUUCAUAUUGGAAUAAAAACUAAAACUAUUUUUUCAGCACAAUAUUUUCAAGCCCCUUCGAACUGCGACAACGCGCUCCAUCACCGUCUAGCCCCACGGCUUUCUGCGUCUAGGAAGAGGAAACUCCGUCCUUUCCGACGGCUGAUCAGGUGGGUUUCAUAUCGGAAUAAAAACAAAACUAUUUUUUCAGCACAAUAUUUUCAAGCCCCUACGAAGUGCGACAACGCGCUCCAUCACCGUCUAGCCCCACGGCUUUCUGCGUCUAGGAAGAUGGGCGUCCGUCCUUUCCGACGGCUGAUCAGGUGGGUUUCAUAUCGGAAUAAAAAAACUAAAAACUAUUUUUUUCAGCACAAUAUUUUCAAGCCCCCUCCGAAGUGCGACAACGCGCUCCAUCACCGUCUAGCCCCACGGCUUCCUGCGUCUAGGAAAAGGAAACUCCGUCCUUUCCGACGGCUGAUCAGGUUGGUUUCAUAUCGGAAUAAAAAAACUAAAACUAUUUUUUCAGCACAAUAUUUUCAAGCCCCUACGAAGUGCGACAACGCGCUCCAUCACCGUCUAGCCCCACGGCUUUCUGCGUCUAGGAAGAUGGGCGUCCGUCCUUUCCGACGGCUGAUCAGGUGGGUUUCAUAUCGGAAUAAAAACUAAAACUAUUUUUUCAGCACAAUAUUUUCAAGCCCCUCCGAAGUGCGACAACGCGCUCCAUCACCGUCUAGCCCCACGGCUUCCUGCGUCUAGGAAAAGGGAAACUCCGUCCUUUCCGACGGCUGAUCAGGUUGGUUUUCAUAUCGGAAUAAAAAAACUAAAACUAUUUUUUUCAGCACAAUAUUUUCAAGCCCCUUCGAACUGCGACAACGCGCUCCAUCACCGUCUAGCCCCACGGCUUCCUGCGUCUAGGAAAGAGGGAAACUCCGUCCUUUCCGACGGCUGAUCAGGUUGGGUUUCAUAUCGGAAUAAAAAAACUAAAACUAUUUUUUUCAGCACAAUAUUUUCAAGCCCCCUUCGAACUGCGACAACGCGCUCCAUCACCGUCUAGCCCCACGGCUUCCUGCGUCUAGGAAAAGGAAACUCCGUCCUUUCCGACGGCUGAUCAGGUUGGUUUCAUAUCGGAAUAAAAACUAAAACUAUUUUUUCAGCACAAUAUUUUCAAGCCCCUUCGAACUGCGACAACGCGCUACAUCACCGUCUAGCCCCACGGCUUCCUGCGUCUAGGAAAAGGAAACUCCGUCCUUUCCGACGGCUGAUCAGGUUGGUUUCAUAUCGGAAUAAAAAAACUAAAAACUAUUUUUUUCAGCACAAUAUUUUCAAGCCCCUUCGAACUGCGACAACGCGCUCCAUCACCGUCUAGCCCCACGGCUUCCUGCGUCUAGGAAAGAGGAAACUCCGUCCUUUCCGACGGCUGAUCAGGUUGGUUUCAUAUCGGAAUAAAAAAACUAAAAACUAUUUUUUUCAGCACAAUAUUUUCAAGCCCCUUCGAACUGCGACAACGCGCUACAUCACCGUCUAGCCCCACGGCUUCCUGCGUCUAGGAAAGAGGAAACUCCGUCCUUUCCGACGGCUGAUCAGGUUGGUUUCAUAUCGGAAUAAAAAAACUAAAACUAUUUUUUUCAGCACAAUAUUUUUCAAGCCCCUUCGAACUGCGACAACGCGCUACAUCACCGUCUAGCCCCACGGCUUUCUGCGUCUAGGAAGAUGGGCGUCCGUCCUUUCCGACGGCUGAUCAGGUGGGUUUCAUAUCGGAAUAAAAACUAAAACUAUUUUUUCAGCACAAUAUUUUCAAGCCCCUCCGAAGUGCGACAACGCGCUCCAUCACCGUCUAGCCCCACGGCUUCCUGCGUCUAGGAAAAGGAAACUCCGUCCUUUCCGACGGCUGAUCAGGUUGGUUUCAUAUCGGAAUAAAAACUAAAACUAUUUUUUCAGCACAAUAUUUUCAAGCCCCUUCGAACUGCGACAACGCGCUACAUCACCGUCUAGCCCCACGGCUUCCUGCGUCUAGGAAAAGGAAACUCCGUCCUUUCCGACGGCUGAUCAGGUUGGUUUCAUAUCGGAAUAAAAAAACUAAAAACUAUUUUUUUCAGCACAAUAUUUUCAAGCCCCUUCGAACUGCGACAACGCGUUUCUUCAUCGUCUGGCCCUCACGGCUUCCUGCGUCUAGGAAGAGGGAAACUCCGUCCUUUCCGACGGCUGAUCAGGUUGGUUUCAUAUCGGAAUAAAAAAACUAAAACUAUUUUUUUUCAGCACAAUAUUUUCAACCCCCUUCAAACUGCGACCACACGCUCCUCCACCGUCUAGCCUACGGCUUCCUGCGUCUAGGAAGAUGGGCACCCGUCCUUUCCGACGGCUGAUCAGGUUGGUUUCAUAUCGGAAUAAAAACUAAAACUUUUUUUCAGCACAAUAUUUUCAACCCCCUUAAACUGCGACCACACGCUCCUCCACCGUCUAGCCUACGGCUUUCUGCGUCUAGGAAGAUGGGCGUCCGUCCUUUCCGACGGCUGAUCAGGUUGGUUUCAUAUCGGAAUAAAAACUAAAACUAUUUUUUCAGCACAAUAUUUUCAAGCCCCUUCGAACUGCGACAACGCGCUCCAUCACCGUCUAGCCCCACGGCUUCCUGCGUCUAGGAAAAGGGAAACUCCGUCCUUUCCGACGGCUGAUCAGGUUGGGUUUCAUAUCGGAAUAAAAACUAAAAACUAUUUUUUUCAGCACAAUAUUUUUCAAGCCCUUCGAACUGCGACAACGCGCUACAUCACCGUCUAGCCCCACGGCUUCCUGCGUCUAGGAAAAGGGAAACUCCGUCCUUUCCGACGGCUGAUCAGGUUGGUUUCAUAUCGGAAUAAAAAAACUAAAACUAUUUUUUUCAGCACAAUAUUUUCAAGCCCCUUCGAACUGCGACAACGCGCUACAUCACCGUCUAGCCCCACGGCUUUCUGCGUCUAGGAAGAUGGGCGUCCGUCCUUUCCGACGGCUGAUCAGGUGGGUUUCAUAUCGGAAUAAAAAAACUAAAACUAUUUUUUUCAGCACAAUAUUUUCAAGCCCCUCCGAAGUGCGACAACGCGCUCCAUCACCGUCUAGCCCCACGGCUUCCUGCGUCUAGGAAAAGGGAAACUCCGUCCUUUCCGACGGCUGAUCAGGUUGGUUUCAUAUCGGAAUAAAAAAACUAAAAACUAUUUUUCAGCACAAUAUUUUUCAAGCCCCUUCGAACUGCGACAACGCGCUACAUCACCGUCUAGCCCCCACGGCUUCCUGCGUCUAGGAAAAAGGGAAACUCCGUCCUUUCCGACGGCUGAUCAGGUUGGUUUCAUAUCGGAAUAAAAAAACUAAAAACUAUUUUUUUCAGCACAAUAUUUUCAAGCCCCCUUCGAACUGCGACAACGCGCUCCAUCACCGUCUAGCCCCACGGCUUCCUGCGUCUAGGAAGAGGAAACUCCGUCCUUUCCGACGGCUGAUCAGGUUGGUUUCAUAUUGGAAUAAAAACUAAAACUAUUUUUUCAGCACAAUAUUUUCAAGCCCCUUCGAACUGCGACAACGCGCUCCAUCACCGUCUAGCCCCACGGCUUCCUGCGUCUAGGAAGAGGAAACUCCGUCCUUUCCGACGGCUGAUCAGGUUGGUUUCAUAUCGGAAUAAAAACUAAAACUAUUUUUUCAGCACAAUAUUUUCAAGCCCCUUCGAACUGCGACAACGCGCUCCAUCACCGUCUAGCCCCACGGCUUCCUGCGUCUAGGAAGAGGAAACUCCGUCCUUUCCGACGGCUGAUCAGGUUGGUUUCAUAUCGGAAUAAAAACUAAAACUAUUUUUUCAGCACAAUAUUUUCAAGCCCCUUCGAACUGCGACAACGCGCUCCAUCACCGUCUAGCCCCACGGCUUCCUGCGUCUAGGAAGAGGAAACUCCGUCCUUUCCGACGGCUGAUCAGGUUGGUUUCAUAUCGGAAUAAAAACUAAAACUAUUUUUUCAGCACAAUAUUUUCAACCCCCUUCAAACUGCGACCACACGCUCCUCCACCGUCUAGCCUACGGCUUCCUGCGUCUAGGAAGAUGGGCACCCGUCCUUUCCGACGGCUGAUCAGGUUGGUUUCAUAUCGGAAUAAAAAAACUAAAACUUUUUUUUUCAGCACAAUAUUUUCAACCCCCUUUAAACUGCGACCACACGCUCCUCCACCGUCUAGCCUACGGCUUUCUGCGUCUAGGAAGAUGGGCGUCCGUCCUUUCCGACGGCUGAUCAGGUUGGUUUCAUAUCGGAAUAAAAACUAAAACUAUUUUUUCAGCACAAUAUUUUCAAGCCCCUCCGAAGUGCGACAACGCGUUUCUUCAUCGUCUGGCCCUCACGGCUUCCUGCGUCUAGGAAGAGGGAAACUCCGUCCUUUCCGACGGCUGAUCAGGUUGGUUUCAUAUCGGAAUAAAAACUAAAACUAUUUUUUCAGCACAAUAUUUUCAAGCCCCUUCGAACUGCGACAACGCGCUCCAUCACCGUCUAGCCCCACGGCUUCCUGCGUCUAGGAAGAUGGGCACCCGUCCUUUCCGACGGCUGAUCAGGUGGGUUUCAUAUUGGAAUAAAAACUAAAACUAUUUUUUCAGCACAAUAUUUUCAAGCCCCUUCGAACUGCGACAACGCGCUCCAUCACCGUCUAGCCCCACGGCUUCCUGCGUCUAGGAAGAUGGGCACCCGUCCUUUCCGACGGCUGAUCAGGUUGGUUUCAUAUCGGAAUAAAAAAACUAAAAACUAUUUUUUUCAGCACAAUAUUUUCAAGCCCCCUUCGAACUGCGACAACGCGCUCCAUCACCGUCUAGCCCCACGGCUUCCUGCGUCUAGGAAGAGGAAACUCCGUCCUUUCCGACGGCUGAUCAGGUUGGUUUCAUAUUGGAAUAAAAACUAAAACUAUUUUUUCAGCACAAUAUUUUCAAGCCCCUCCGAAGUGCGACAACCCGUUUCUUCAUCGUCUGGCCCCACGGCUUCCUGCGUCUAGGAAGAUGGGAAACUCCGUCCUUUCCGACGGCUGAUCAGGUUGGGUUUCAUAUCGGAAUAAAAAAACUAAAAACUAUUUUUUUCAGCACAAUAUUUUCAAGCCCCCUUCGAACUGCGACAACGCGCUCCAUCACCGUCUAGCCCCACGGCUUCCUGCGUCUAGGAAGAUGGGCACCCGUCCUUUCCGACGGCUGAUCAGGUGGGUUUCAUAUUGGAAUAAAAACUAAAACUAUUUUUUCAGCACAAUAUUUUCAAGCCCCUUCGAACUGCGACAACGCGCUCCAUCACCGUCUAGCCCCACGGCUUCCUGCGUCUAGGAAGAGGGAAACUCCGUCCUUUCCGACGGCUGAUCAGGUUGGUUUCAUAUCGGAAUAAAAAAACUAAAAACUAUUUUUUUCAGCACAAUAUUUUCAAGCCCCUUCGAACUGCGACAACGCGCUCCAUCACCGUCUAG